GCGCAAACCGCCGCCGUACGCUUCCCUGCAUGGAAACCUGAAGCGGAUCCAUGUGACCCGCCUAUCGGGAUCAUCAUCGGCGCUGCACGCCCAUGUCACAUCAAAGAUCACUCUAACCGUCGUGUACUUGCUGUUAAUCCAGACGUAAGUAAAGUUGGCGGCACAUUUGCUUUGGAUCCGAUGAUAUUGUUCGGGAUGUGGCGGCUACAGUAGCAGGAGACAGAAAGAGAGAGAGACAGAGAGAUCAGGGAAGAGGAAUUUCCCCCUUCCCAAGAGUCCUUGUGUCUCUGGAUUACCUUUAGCGAACGAGGCGACACAAAGGUACAAACGGAGCAAUACAUGGUCCCUCCCAGAAAAGGCUUGCACCCUUACCCCUCACCUCAGUGACCUUCAGAUCUUCACGACCCACCUAACUCUAAGUGGUCAAGAACACUCCAAAACGUACAACUCUUCUCUCAACCCCGCAGCCCAUAGCAGCUGUUACCAUGGCAGCAGCCAAGCCCAAAGGGCAGAACUCCCUGGCUCUUCAUAAGGUGAUCAUGGUUGGCAGUGGUGGUGUGGGAAAGUCAGCUCUAACAUUGCAGUUCAUGUAUGAUGAGUUCGUGGAAGAUUAUGAACCCACAAAAGCUGACAGCUACAGGAAGAAGGUGGUUUUGGACGGUGAGGAAGUCCAGAUUGAUAUUCUGGACACCGCAGGUCAGGAAGACUAUGCAGCUAUCCGGGAUAACUACUUCCGCAGCGGUGAAGGUUUCCUUUGUGUCUUCUCAAUCACUGAACUUGAAUCUUUCGCAGCAACUGCUGACUUUAGAGAGCAGAUUCUGCGGGUGAAGGAGGACGAGAAUGUCCCCUUCCUGCUGGUGGGGAAUAAGUCCGAUCUAGAGGACAGGAGGCAGGUAAACGCAGAUGAAGCCAAAGCCAGAGCUGAUCAGUGGGGCGUUUGCUACGUGGAGACGUCCGCCAAGACCCGCGCCAAUGUAGAUAAGGUUUUCUUUGACCUCAUGAGGGAAAUUCGUGCUAGGAAGAUGGAAGACAGCAAGGAGAAGAACGGAAAGAAGAAAAGGAAAAGUCUGGCCAAACGAAUCCGAGAAAGAUGUUGCAUCUUAUAGUCUUGGCGAUUUUGUUGGUCAUCUUUUAGGUUUUCCAUAUGUAUCUGUAUGUUCUAUAUUUUGCCCUAUUGCCAGUCAAACAACGUAUUUGUGUGUCAGUUGUAAGUUUGUUGCUUAGAUUAAAAGAAUUGGGAAGAUUGGGAAGGUCCACUUGAUUUCCAGAAAGAAUCUCCUUUGUCAAAUCAAUGACAUUUACCAGGAACACCAGACAGCAUUGAACCUGGAUCUGGAAAGCUUCAGAUUUUAUUCUUGUGUCAAAUUCAUGUUUUGUAAGUUUUUCACCCAGUCCUAUUAAAAUUCAGGUCAGAUAGAUUUUAUUUAAAUAGCAAUUGGCCAUAAAUGUGAAUAUUAUAACUUUACAACUUGUCACCACUGUGAAUUAUAAUAAAUACUAUUAAACUAUUAAUUUAAAGAUUCUUAACGGCAAACUAUUUAACACUGACAAACACUAAAAAUAAAGAGAACCAAAGCUAACCAAUAACCAGCUUUGGAAAAUGAGUCCAACACAUAAACAAUGCUUUACUGGGACCAUUAUUUUUACUACAGUAACCCUAAAUUAUUAUUAUUAUUUUUAGAAAGGAUUGGUAUUCCCAAACCUGACCAAGAAUCAGGAAGAUAAUUUGGCUAUUGCAAUUUUGUGUACAUCCUGGUGCCUUGGUGUACAUUGCCAGUGUACCACCCUCACAAAUCUCUUUGGUGGCUGAUCAUUUCGGAAUAAGCGAGGCAGCUUAUUUUUCAACACUGUAUUGUCAAUGUAAGCAGUUUGUUAAAGAAGUCACUUUCAUGUUUAUUCUCUGCUUUGCUAUAGGAAGCUUAAAGAUGUCUCUGCAACAUUGGAUGUUGCCCAGAUGUGUACAAUGACAAUGUUAUGCUUUUAUGUGAUGUGUAAGUCCAAAGUGUGUCUGUUAGGAUGGCUUGUGGAGGCAUUUCCAUACCAGACAAAUAUAUCAGUCGUGCGACUUUUUUUCCCCUACAGAUUUGUUUUUAUAAAGUAUCGCCAGUUUGUUUAUUUCAACCAUUAAAAAUAUUUUUUUCUAA